GGUGUUCUCUUGGUUUUCUUGAGCAGUUCUAUACAGGGGGACUGCUGGAGUAUAGAGAGGGGGAUAUCUUGACUUUUCGCUUGAUUGAUACACCCCCCUCCCCUCACCCUGAACACAUAGAGAACCCUCUCUACACUAACCUAUACUUCAUACAUACUCAGUUAUCCAAUAACCUGCUCACAGGCUAGAGACAUGACAACAUCAAGCAAUAAUAUAUCAGUGAUAAACAUUUUAUAAUAAAAAGUCUAAAAUAAUUAUUAUGACGAUGGUUGACGGUGCCCCAUUGUCCCAGCUGUUGUAUAGACAGGCUCAGAAUCAAGAUUUUCUUAACAGAUUAGGAAGACCAACAUCUAGAUUACCAUUCCCCAUGCCUCUUUCCCCAGGAAUGUUUCCCCGCCUGCCCGGUCAUUUCCCUGACCCCGGGGCCGGACUACCGCGCCAUAAUUUCCCCAACUUUAUGCACCCCCUGGCACAGUUUCAGGGGGGCAACUUCCCCUUCCCUAGGGGAAUCCAGCACCCCCCCUUCAUGCCAUCAUUCAAACAUGAACGAGACACAGACGCAGAUUCUGAGAGUGAGGAGGAUAAACGAAGACGAUCUCGGACAAAUUUCUCUCAAUGGCAGCUGGAAGAACUAGAACGGGUUUUCCUUUCUUGUCAUUAUCCAGACGUAUUCAUGCGGGAAGCCAUUGCUCUUAAACUAGAUCUUAAGGAAUCCCGUAUUUCUGUUUGGUUCCAAAACCGGCGUGCAAAGUACAGGAAGAAGGAGAACACAAAGAAGGGCCCAGGUCGACCAGCGCACAACGCGCACCCGCAAACAUGCUCCGGUGAACCAUUAACCCCAGAGGAGAUGGUCCGGAAGGAGAGAGAACGCCAGGAGAAGAAGCUGAGAAAGCAGUUGGAUAAGCAGCAGAAGAAGCUGGCCAUGAAGGGGAUACAUGUGGAUAUAGAAACACUUAGACGGGAAUAUCUCGCUCAGAGGGGUCUUAUCUCCAGAGAUCAGGAUAUAGAUGUUGGUGUUGAAGGGGAUUCAGUAAACUCCCACAGAAAGAAACUCAGUGCCUUCACCAUAGAAAGUAUUUUGUCUGGGCUAGCAGAAAUGAAGGAUGAGGAUUCAAUGUCAGAGAGUAAUCAUAAUCAGUCCUUUGAAGAUGGAGAUACAAAUGACUUUCAGGGUUCGCCUUCAUCCUCAAGGGCAUCAAGUCCAGCCCCUUCCUCCCCACCACCCUCCUAUACUGCACCGUCCCACAUCCAACCCUAUUCACCCAACUUCUCUUCCUCCGAACAACACUUUCCGCCACAUAUCAAAUCUGAGCCAAAAACUGAUGAUUUUAUUCCACCGGAGAACGGAUAUCCCCACCAUAACUUCUUUGCAAAUUUUCUAGAGAAACGUUUCCAAACAAUGGAUCCCAGCAAGCCCAGUUUAGUUCAAAAACCGGUUCCUAUGUUUUCCCCGCAUCUACCUGCUUUCCUCAGAGAGAAGCUUGAAGCAGCAGUCACACUACCCAACUCUAUCUACCCAGGAUUCCCACCACAUCCUUCCUUGUUCCAAGCUCAUCCUAGCUUCCAUUUUCCUCAUUUUAAUCAUCAUCUUACAGAGUCAAGGACUAAUAGUGAACAAGAUGGACAGGCUAAUAAUCCUGAGGUCAAAGCAUCAGUCAAUAAUUCCUCUGAACCUGACGAAAAAGAUUGAUCGCUGUAUCUGUAAAAACUAGAAAAUGAUUUGGAUCAUAUCUAGUUGCUGGAUGAAAAAUAUCAAGAUAGGGAGUCUUGAAGGAAAAAUAUUGUCUCUGAAUUUUCAUUUAUGUUGAAAUUAACUUGUUCUAGAGUAGUAUUAGCACUAACUUUAGAUAGAAUACUUAUAGUAUGUAUAUACAAUGUUUGUUUGAACCUUUGCAUAAAUUUUCAUAUCAAAACCUGCGAUAAAACAUUAUCGUCAUGUUAAUUAUCGGUGCUCUUUAUUUGUGUAAAAUUUUACUAAACAUUAUUGCAAAAUAAUUGCAAUUAAUUCUGCUGGGUAACUAUAUUAGCAAUACAAAACAAAACAAACAAUGUUUCGAAAAUUUAAAGCGAUAAACAUAAAACUGUAUUUAAAGCGAUAAACAUAAAACUGUAUUUAAAGCGAUUAACAUAAAACUGUAUUUAAAGCGAUUAACAUAAAACUGUAUUUAAAGCGAUGAACAUAAAACUGUAUUUAAAGCGAUGAACAUAAAACUGUAUUUAAAGCGAUUAACAUAAAACUGUAUUUAAAGCGAUAAACAUAAAACUGUAUUUAAAGCGAUGAACAUAAAACUGUAUGAAAAAUGAAUGUAUCCUAGUUCCUAAGCCGUAUCAAAAUAAUACUUUUUUGUUUGAUAUUUAAUACUUCAUCUCUGGAAUCCAAGGUCAAUCCUAUUAUUUUCAAUAUAAAAAUCUCAAUUCUGUAACUUCUUCUUAUUUUUUAAACAAAGUUAAGAAUUUUACUUAAAGACCAUAUUAUUAAGAAAAAGGAAUUAAUUUCAGUGUUCACAUCAGAUGAAAUAACUUAAAUGUUCCUUUUUAUGAAAUCUAUAAUUUUAUACCUAAGAACUCAUCGAAAGAUACUCUAUCUAAAAUACGAAAAACUAAUGUAUUUCUCCAUAGCAAAAAAUUUAAAACACUGUUCAUUAGAUUUGUUUCUCAUUUUUUAAUUUUUUUUCUGUAAGUUUUCUUCCCCUUGAAGACUUGAAAACUUAAAACUUUUUGGACCCCCCCCCCCCAAGGAGAUAAAUUAAAGUGUCGUGAAACAUAUGAAAUCGAAUAAUUUUGCCAACAUUUAAAAAAAAUUAAAUUUUCCAUGUUAGCAUUUUAUUAAUUUAGAUUCGUAAUUAAAGUUCUAAUUUUU